GGAUGAAGUAUUAGUGUGUGAAAGAGAAAGUGAAUUAGUGUGUGUAACGAAAAAAAAAAUUUAAGAGAGAGACAAGAAAGAUGGUACUGUUGUAUAGUCUUAAAUUGAGGAAGAGGUAGGAGCAGUGUCCAUGGCGGCGUUGCAGAAGCUGUAACUUUAAUGCACCAUAAAAGUAGUCAAGUGCAACCAUUUUUUUCUCCCUUUCGAUUUCCUAAACACCAAGAAAAAAAAUUGUCCUGAAAAGCUGCUACAACACUUAAUAUAACCCCAAAACACACACACACACACAUAGUGCUGUAUAAUCCAGAAAAUUUUCAAUCAAAUAACACCAUAGCCAUUUACUAGACUUGUUGUUGUUGUUGUUUUUUUUAUUCGGGCUAUGGAUAUAGAGUCAAGAUUAACAGCAGACAAUAGAGCAGAGAAAUGUCUGGUUUUUUCACAUUAGGUGGUGGUGGAGGUGGAGGAAAUAAGGGUAGUCAUCAUCAGCAACAGCAACAACAAGAGCAAGAUCAAUUAGGUAAUAAUAGCUUUCUUCUUUUCAAAGAUGAAGAGAUCUACAACAAGGGUUUCGAGUUAUGGCAGCAGUACUAUCAGUUGCAUCAACAACAACGAACACAUCCAUCUCCACAUCAUCAUCAUCAUCUGCAGCAACAACACCAGGAUGUAGAUUUCUCAGUUGGAGUCGGUCCCAGUAGUAACAGAAGAAUCAUUAGUACCGGUAGUAGUAGCAGUAGUGGUGGUAACAACAACAUUAUCGCUGGUGGUGAUCAUAAUAAUUACAGUACUCUCAAUAAUUCUUCUUCAUUUCGCUCUUCAUCAGGGUUUCGAGUAAUUCGUGCUAGUAGCACUAGUGGUGGUGGAGCUACUGGGGGAAUGAAUUGUCAGGAUUGUGGCAAUCAAGCUAAAAAAGACUGUUCACAUAUGAGGUGCCGAACUUGCUGUAAGAGCAGGGGAUUUCAGUGCCAAACUCAUGUUAAAAGUACUUGGGUACCUGCUGCUAAACGACGUGAAAGGCAACAACAACUUACUUCUCUACAACAACAUCAACAAAAUCUGCAACAAACUCAACUUCUUAGCUUGAGAGCUGACUCAAAUAUUCCUAAAAGACCAAGAGAAAACCCUUCCUCCUCUCUCGUUCGCUUACCCAACAAUUCGUCAGGGUUAGAGUUAGGUGGUCAUUUUCCAUCAGAAGUGAGUUCUCAAGCUGUUUUUCGUUGCGUAAAAGUGAGUGCAGUGGAUGAUGCUGAUGAUCAAUAUGCUUAUCAUACUGCUGUUAACAUUGGUGGCCAUUUAUUCAAGGGAAUUCUGUAUGAUCAAGGUCCAGAGGGUCGAUAUAGUGGUGGCGGUGGCGGUGGUGGUGGAGAGAGUUCAUCUGGUAGUGGCGCCGCUCAACAAGCGUUGAAUUUCAUCACUGGCGCCACUACUUCCACCACCGCAGCUGCCACCACGAGUCAUCACCAUCAUCAACCACCUGUUACAGUGUUCGAUUCUUCGGUAUAUCCAGCUCCUAUUACUGCUUUCCUGGCCGGUACGCAAUUCUUUCCACCCCCAAGGCCUUAGCCAGAGGCGGAUUCAGAAUUUAAAUUUGAAAAAUGCAAGACAUUUUCGUUUCCUUAGAAUAAUCUCAUUCUUGAUUUUGCUUAACUUCAUUGACAUCUAUUUAGCUUAAUUAUGGGAAGGAGAAACAAAUGUGCUAGUACUUCUCCAUGAAGUAAGACAUAGGUUUCUUAUAGGAUGUUAAUUUUUCUAUUGGAAUUUUAAGUAUGACUUUUAUUUUGUUAGUAUUAAUGUAUUAAUGGUCUUAUCUAUAACCUCCUUCUUGUUUUGAUUAAUUUUGCUAGAAAAUUUCUUGAAAUUAUAAUGUUACUUAGUUUGUUUGAUUCGAAAGGAUUAUAUCCUUCGAUAUGGGAAUCAUAUAUAUAUCUUUGAUA